AAACCCAAACACAGACGAAAAUCAGAACAACUACAAAAACCAAAAUGCCUCAUCUCCACCACUACUCACCCGUGCUACUGCUCCUCGCCGUCUUCGUCUACCUAUCGACACGCUACGUGCACGGUGACCAUGCCGACGGCGGCCACCAGGACCUUCCCGCCCUGCUCUCCUUCAAGGCGUACAACCCGAACGCCACGGCCCUGGCGUCCUGGGUCGGCCCCAGCCCGUGCACCGGCACGUGGUUCGGGGUCAGGUGCUACAGGGGCAGGGUGGCGGGGGUCUUCCUGGACAGCGCCUCGCUGGCCGGCACCGUGGCGCCGCUGCUCGGGCUCGGCCGAAUCAGGGUGCUCGCCGUCAGGAACAACUCCCUGUCCGGCACCCUCCCCCCGCUGGACAACUCCACGGCGAGCCCGUGGCUGAGGCACCUGCUCGUCUCCCACAACAAGCUCAGCGGAAGCCUCAGCAUCUCGCUGGCCGCUCUACGCACCCUGAGAGCAGAGCACAACGGCUUCCGUGGAGGCCUGGAAGCGCUGCGCGUCCCGAUGCUCAGGAGCUUCAACGUGUCGGGGAACAGGCUCGCCGGGGAGAUCUCCGGCGACCUGUCCAGGUUCCCGAGCUCCGCUUUCGGUGACAAUCUUGCUCUCUGUGGUCCGCCUCUGCCACAAUGUGUCCAUGCGUACGAUGCUCUAGGCCGGUCAUCAGGUAACUCGAGCACUAGUGCUACUGCCGCUGAAUCUCCGGACGCCAGUGUGGGUGUUUCUUCUAGCAACGGGGGAUUCAGUAAGAUUAGCCUGACUGCGCUCAUGGCCACGGGCAUUGGCAACGCGGUGCUCGUCACGGUUUCGCUGGCCAUCACGGUGGCCAUGUUCGUCUACAUGAGGAGAAAGCUCCGGUCCGCGAGUGAUGCUCCCGACGCGGGGCUGUGCUUCGAGGAGGAAGACAAGAGAGCCCAGGGGGAAGACAGGUGCCACAAGACCGGCGGGCUCGUCUGCUUCGAGGGCGGCGACGAGCUGCGGCUGGACAGCCUCCUCAAGGCAUCCGCAGAGGUGCUUGGCAAGGGCGUGUCCGGGAGCACGUACAAGGCGGUGCUAGAGGACGGCGUCUUGGUGGCCGUCAAGCGCCUCAGCGCGCUGCAGUUCCCCGCCGGCCGGAGCAAGGCGUUCGACCGCCACAUGCGGCUCGUCGGCCGGCUCCGGCACCGGCACGUCGUCAGCCUCAGGGCGUACUGCAACUCCAACGGGGAGCGGCUGCUCGUCUACGACUUCCUCCCAAACGGGAGCCUCCAGUCCCUUCUGCAAGCCAACGGAGGAGGCGCGAGGAAUCUGGACUGGACGGCGAGGAAGAGCAUCUUGUUCGGCGCGGCGCAGGGCCUGAACUACAUCCACACGUUCCCGGCGCGCCCGGCGCUGGUGCACGCGAACGUGAAGCCGUCCAACAUCCUCCUGGGCGAGCGCGGCGGCGCGUGCGUGUCCGAGUGCGGGCUCAUGCGCUACGCCACCAACAUCCAGCAGUCCAUCGCCCCGCAGGCCACCCGGACGCGGUGCCCGCCCGAGCUGUUCCUGGAGCGGGACACGGGCACGACGACGUCGGCGCCCGCGUCGAGCGGGUGGCACGGGUACGCGGCCCCGGAGCUGGCUUCCGGCGCGGCCGCGCGGGCGACGCAGGAAUCGGACGUGUACAGCUUUGGAAUGGUGCUUCUUGAGGUGGUGGCUGGCGAGGGUAGCGAUGAGACGAUGGGGAUGGUGAAGAUCGGCAUGCUGUGCACCGCCGAGGCGCCGGAGGAGCGGCCCACGAUGGCGCAGGUGCUCGCCAUGAUGAGCGAGUUCGUGUGAAGCAGUUGCCCUUAGCGAGACUGGUAGAUUGCCAAGUGUAUUGAGGCAAGAUAUUUGUUCGUCGGCAGAUAAAUGUUGUGAUCUCGUGGCGGUUCGGUACAAUUAUUCCAAUUCCAACAUCAUUAC